AUGACCGAGCUAAGCAGACCACAAAAGCCACCGAUGUCUGAGAAAGCCGAGAUAUUGUCUACAAUUGUUUACAUACAUGCACAGACACAGGAGAAUAUGCUCAGGACCAGAAAAAAUAGCAGACACGAGACCUCGAGAAAGAGGAACCUUCUGGUGCUGAAUCAAUCAACCACACAAGCAAAUAAAGCAAUCACCAACUCCAGAGAAGAAGAUGAAAGCGCAAACAAGACAGACAAGACGGGGAGGGGAGAGAGAGAGACGGGGCAUUUUAGGAAUCAAGACCUAGAGAGCACUACAUGGGCACGCCCAUCCCGGGGAGAUGGAGACACACUUUUGGGCAGUCGAGACAGAAUAAAUCAGGGAGACUGUAACCGAGAAGAGAGAUACGAUGAUUUGAAUGCAGCGAUUGGGAUGUCUGUGUUGUGGUUGAGAAUGCAAAGGAUGAAAUCAUUGGACCGAAAGGAGCACUUUGCCGUUGCUUCCACGCCAAAUAACCAUAUUGUUUCAAGGACCUGUUGA